AUGCAGCGAAUCCACGUUCUCCAACGCGUCAUUCCUCGUGUCGGUGGAACCAGGACACUGAGCCGGACAUUCAUGGCUAGCGGUCAACGUCAAGCCAACAAUCCAGUGGAUGGCAAGAGCCACGCCACGGACGAGAGCGUGGUGCCCGAACCCGUACAGAAAGCGGCUCCGGAGACACUAGAAAAGGCCCUUCCUGAGGGCGUGCAUCCCACCAAAGGCAGCGACAUCGACCCCCACAACAAAGAGACCAGUUGGAAGAGCCACGCCACGGGUCCCAGUAUCGUUCCCGAAUUCGUCCAGAAAGCCGCCCCAGAGGCCCUGGAAAAGGCCCUCCCCGAGAGCGUCCACCCGACCAAAGGAAGCGACAUUGACCCUCACCCGGGCCAGAAAACGGGCAUGCAAAAGAACACCAAGUCAUAG